AUGGAGUCAGAGGACACUAGAGAUAAAGAAGAUACGAUAGAGUGAGAAAUAGGAUGAGGAACCAUUUUGAAAAGAGAUCAUAGUGGUAUCUGAUGAAGUCAAGGGCAUAAUAUAUGCCCAGAUUGAGCUCCAAAUAUGCUGGCGGAUAUAUUUGUGACUCCAGAGUCUAAAAUACCUGUUAAAUGAGUCUACUGCAAUGUUGAAUUGGAUUCAAUUCAGGUUGAAAGGCAAUUAAGUCAAGAAGAGUUAAGUAUAUAUAUGAUGCAUUACUCCAUUAAAAGAAUUGAUCCGGCAAUAGACAAAGUGAUGAAUUGCCCGAUGUGUAAUUACUUCGAGGUUUGGGACAUCAGUAGCACCUCCAACUUCUUCUAUUGACAAGGUGAAGGUUGCAAAUAAGGGAAGCUGCUCAAUCUGAUUUGAAACAUUUGAUGUGCCUUCAAGCUUUGUUGUUUCAGAAAAACAAUACAAAGAGAUGCAAAAAGGUAUGCUAAAGCAUUACAAAUGAUACGAGUACCAGGAAAUGAAGAAAGACUGGGAUAAGGCUAUAGAAAGAGGAACAAAAAGAUUCUGUCCAACAUGAGGAGUUGGAGGUAUCAAAGAUGACGCCUGCCUCAAAAUGAAUUGCAAGUGCCGUAUAUUGUGGUGCUAUUUCUGUGGUAAAUAGAGAAGACAAGGUUGACAAGAAAAACCCAAAAGGAAAUUUUUAUCAACAUUGCGUAGAUUGGAAGGAUAAUCCCAAAAGAUGCCCUGUAUAUUUGUACGAGCUUGCUUCUGUUGAUCCAAGGUGGCAUUCAUCUAACAGAAAAUUUAAUAGAGAGUUCUUUCAUAAGCUCUUAACGUACAGAGAGAUCCGGAAGUUCUUCAAGAAAUACACCAAGGAACAGUUCCAAAACCUCUGCGAUGCCAUUCCUUCUGUUGCAAAUCACGGAUACGAUCUUGAGGAGGCUAUGACCAUGGAUAUUGAGCUGAUCAAGAGAUAAUUCUGCAAUAUUAUCCAAAAUCACAAAUUUAUCUCCACCAAUACAGAAAGAUAAGUCACCAGUUAUAUUUCAAAAGAUUACUAA